AUAUGGAGGAGAAGAAAGACAAAAAGUUUCACUUCUUCAACCACUCAACUGCCACCACCAUUGCCCUCUCAAACAGAUGAGAUAAACCCAUGGCUUCCACUCCUAUCCUCUCCCACCAUUCCUCUACCACUCCAACCCUGCAAUUCCCCACUAAACUCUCCACCAAAUUAACCCCAACUACUUUCCCCUCCAAACCCACCUCUGCAACUGUCAGACCCAUCACUAAACUCUUCGUCUCCUCUCCAACCAACAAGCCUACACUCAAGACGCCUCCCAAACCCACUGAGGAAACCAUCUUCUUCGAUGGUGGAGCUCACUAUGGAGAUCUCGUCGCCAAUCUCCUUCUGGGUUUCACUCUUCUCUGGUUGCCUCUGACAUUAGCGGCUGUUUCAAGGGCUUUCUUUCUGAGAUACAGGUUCACCAAUUUGAGAGUCACAGUUAUUUCAGGUCUAACGGGCCAAGACCGGAGUGAUUUUUCUUACAAAGUGAUCAAGGAUGUUCAAGUGGUACCACGUUUUAUUGGAGAAUGGGGUGAUAUUGUUAUUACUCUGAAAGAUGGGACGAAGGUGGACCUUAGAAGUGUACCCAAAUUUAGGGAAAUUGCCAAUUACUGCCUUUCCAUGGCUGAUAAAUCUCCGGUUUCGGAGGUGAAGGAAGCUACAACUAAAGGAUUUUGAUUCAUUUGAUCAUGGAAACCUCCUCUUUAAGAG